AUGAGCUCUCGACUUGUUUCAAGUGAUGCAACUACCAAGGUCGAUGCUCCUUUUCGCGAAGCUGUUGGUGCGUUGAUGCACCUGACCACUGCAACGCGUCCGGACAUUGCGUUUGCUGUGGGCUAUGUAUCGCGGUUCAUGGAAAAUCCCCAAGAAGAACACUGGGUUGCAGUUAAGCGUAUCUUUCGCUACCUACAAGGCACCAAGACGCAUGGAAUUUGCUACAAGCCAAGUGCAAGGAUCGACUUCCGUGGAUAUUCGGAUGCGGAUUGGGCUGGUGAUCUUACCGACCGCAAGUCAACAUCGGGGUACACGUUCAUGCUACUCGGUGCGCCAGUGAGUUGGGGCAGCAAGAAGCAGCCAAGUGUUUCGUUGUCCACGAGUGAAGCCGAAUACAUCGCACUCAGCUUGGCGAUUCAAGAGGGCAAGUGGAUUCAUCGUCUGCUUUGUGAGAUCGUGAUGGCUGCCAAUGAAGAAGGACCGGAACUCAUGAUUCAUGAAGACAAUCAGUCAUGUAUCAAGAUGACGAAGAACCCAGUCAACCACGGCCGUGCCAAGCACAGUGAUAUCAAGUACCAUCACAUCCGUGAUGAGGUCAAGCGCGGUGAAGUGAAGCUCAAGUACUGUGAAACUGCGGUGAUGUUAGCGGACAUCAUGACGAAGGGACUUCACGGGCCACGCCACAAGGAGAUGACGGCAACUCUCGGGAUUCGUGAGCAUUCGGAUUGA